CUGCCAAGCCACACCAUGAACACCAUCGUCUUCGACAAGAUCAACGGCGCGGUGCUUUUUGAAGACCACGGCGUUCCCGAGCGGGAGCUGGGCGGCCGGCCCUAUGGCGGUGUCCUGGACAGUCCCCAUGCGCGUCCGGAGAUGGGUAUUCCGGAAGGCCCACCCCUCAAGGACAACCUCGGACUGAGACACCGAAGGACAGGGGCCCGGCAGAACGGCGGGAAGGUGAGGCACAAGCGACAGGCCCUGCAAGACAUGGCGCGGCCCCUCAAGCAGUGGCUUUACAAGCACCGUGACAAUCCGUACCCCACCAAGACCGAGAAGAUACUCUUGGCGCUCGGCUCGCAGAUGACGCUGGUGCAGGUGUCAAAUUGGUUUGCUAAUGCAAGACGUCGACUUAAGAAUACUGUUCGACAGCCAGAUUUGAGCUGGGCUUUAAGAAUAAAGUUGUACAACAAGUAUGUUCAAGGAAAUGCUGAGCGGCUUAGUGUAAGCAGCGAUGAUUCGUGUUCUGAAGAUGGAGAAAACCCUCCAAGAAGCCACAUGAACGAAGGGGGCUAUAACAAUCCAGUGCACCAUCCUGUGAUUAAAAAUGAGAGCUCGGUCAUAAAGGCUGGAGUGAGGCCAGAGUCACAGGCCAAUGAGGACUACGUGUCACCCCCAAAAUACAAGAGCAGCUUAUUGAACCGUUACCUUAAUGACUCUUUGAGACAUGUCAUGGCCACAAAUGCAGCCAUGAUGGGAAAGACAAGGCAAAGGAACCAUUCGGGAUCUUUUAGUUCCAAUGAAUUUGAAGAAGAAUUAGUGUCUCCUUCAUCAUCGGAAACCGAAGGGAACUUCGUCUAUCGCACAGACACUCUGGAAAAUGGAUCCAGUAAGGGCGACAGUGCAGCUAAUAGAAAGGGAGCGAGCAAGGAUGACACGUACUGGAAGGAGAUCAAUGCGGCCAUGGCCUUGACGAAUCUCGCACAAGGAAAAGACAAACUGCAGGGAACCACCAGCUGCAUCAUCCAGAAGUCGUCACAUAUAGCAGAAGUAAAGACGGUCAAAGUGCCCCUGGUUCAGCAGUUUUAGUAGUUGGCCGCUUUUCAGAUCCAUGGCUGGU